AUGUUUGCAACAAGGGCUGGCAAGUGCGUCACACACCGAGGUCUGGCCGGGAUCCGCACAGCACCAGGUGCCAGCCUGGAGGCUGAUGGCACAUCACUGCAGCAACCCGUGGGACCAGAGCAGGCAAUCCAGCCACUCCGUGUUCCCGUACUGGCAGUCAAUGGCAAGGACAUAUCUGGCAUGAGUCGCAUGCAGAUUAGAUACAAUAACAACCCAGAACAUAAUAUCCGAAAACCUUAUGAAAGCAGGGAUCUCUCAAAGGAGGCUGGGAAGGGAGGAGACAGCUCUGCACUCUGCUUGCUCCCUUGCACAGAAAAAGGAGUGCUUAUUUUUAAAAAAUCCUCAGAAACCUGGGACUUUAAAGGACAAAACCAGAAAAACCCAAAUACAACAAAACCAAAUACUCAUGGCUCUUCAAAGGUGCAGGCUCAAAAGAAACUGCCUCGAAAGCAGAGGAGUCUGUUAGGCUGUUUGCUGCUCUCAGCAUCCAUGGAGGAGAAUGUAUUGGUUGGAUAUGCAGAAAUGCAGUUCUCGGGCUCAGCUCUUUCCCACCAGAGGCAGAAUUGGGAAACCAAGGACCCCCUGAACUGCCACAUUGGACCUGGAAACUGAAUCAGAAAAAGAAACAGAAAAGCAGACUUCUGGAAUUGAAUGAUAUUUUCAUGUAAUGGUGAGUUUACUUCUUAGGAAAGGAAAUGAACCAUCCAUGAGGAAAACGGGAUGAUCAAAGAAAAA